GUUCGUCAAGGCUGCAGGAGUGGAGCUGAUAGCUGGAGGCGUUUUUCGAAAUUUACCUGUGUGCUUGUCUUUGGGUGUGUGUGUGUUUUUUUUCCAUCGACCCCCUCCCAGCAGCAGCAGAGACCUUUGUUCACCACCAUUCUACACAUGGACACGAGCUAUUUUACAGAAGAACAAGACGCGUUAAGUCAAGGUGUUACCGCGAGAGAAAAGGGCGACGCAGAAGAUAAAAAAACAAAUGGAAUCGAAACCAAGCACGGUAUGGAGGGUGAUGCCGAUGUCCAGUUCCUCCUGCAGGGGGGAGACCUCCUCAAGGUCCGCUCCUCGUCCUGGAAGAAAAGCCGCUACUUCAAGCUGCAAGAGGACUGCAAGACAAUGUGGCGUGAAUCCAAAAGAAUGUUCAGGAGCCACCGGACGUUUUCCCUGGACGACAUAGCGGUAGUGCGGCUGGGUCGUCAGACGGAGGGCCUGAAAAAAUACACAGACCAGCAGGUUGAGGACUGCUGCUUCUCCAUCGUUUUCAAGGACCAUCGCAAGAACCUGGACCUCAUCGCCAGCUCUCAGGACGAGGCCAAGCAGUGGGUCAGCAGCCUGCAGAAAAUGAUCGCCAGCCGCAACAACCUCAACCAGCAGCAGAAGACGGAACACUGGAUCUUCAGCUGCCUGAGCAAAGCCGACAAGAAUAAAGAUGACAAGCUGAGUAAGUCGGAUGUCAAGAGGUUCAUGCGCCUCAUCAACAUUGACGUGGAGGACGCUUAUGCCGAGAUGCUCUUCGAGAAAUGUGACAAAUCCAAGUCUGGAUACCUGGCUGGAGAGGAGAUCAAAGACUUCUACGACCUGUUGACCUACCGGGAGGAAAUUGACGUGAUCUACCAGGAGUAUGCCAAGUCUGCAGGCUUCAUGAGUCCUGAGAACCUUGUGGAGUUCCUCCUGAAGGAACAGAGAGAGAAGGCAACACUGGCAGACGCACGCACGAUUAUUGACAAGUUUGAGCUCGAUGAAAAAGCCAAGGAGAAGAACGUGUUGACUAAAGACGGCUUCCUCGUGUACCUGCACCAUCCUGACACCUUGAUCGCCAACCCAGAGCACAAGGAGGUGUACCAGGACAUGAGCCAGCCUCUAAACCACUAUUUCAUCUCCUCCUCACACAACACCUACCUCACGGAGGAUCAGCUGAAAGGGCCGAGCAGCACAGAGGCUUAUGUCAGGGCUCUGCUGAAGGGCUGCCGCUGUGUGGAGCUGGACUGCUGGGACGGAUCAGACGACGAGCCGGUCGUCUACCACGGCUACACGCUUACCUCCAAGAUCCUCUUCAAGGACGCCAUUAAAGCCAUCAAGGACUACGCCUUUAAGACUUCUGAAUACCCAGUCAUCCUCUCCCUGGAAAACCACUGCAGCGUGGAGCAGCAGGAAGUCAUGGCCCAUCACAUGACUUCCAUCUUGGGCAGCGCGCUGCUCACGUCUCCCCUCGGGGACGGCAUGCCCGCAAACUUCCCCUCUCCUGAGGAGCUGAAGAGGAAGUUUUUGAUCAAAGCCAAGAGGCUGAACAAACUAGAGGCCACUUUUGCUCCCGAGACGCCGGCUAUUGAUGACUCUGACGUAACAGAGGAAGAAGAAUCAGAUGAUGAUGAUGAGGAGGAGGAAGAAGAAAAGAGUAAGAAGAAAAAGAAACUGAAGCUAGCGAAAGCGCUGUCCGACAUGGUGAUCUACUGCAAGAGCGUCCACUUUCACGGCUUUGAGGACGCCAGGACAAACCUGAGCUUCUACGAGAUGUCGUCCUUUAAAGAGAAAAAGGCCACUGAACUCGCAGAGGAGUCGGCAAAUGAUUACAUCAUUCACAACGUGGACAAGCUGAGCCGCAUCUAUCCAGCCGGCUCCAGGACCGACUCCUCCAACUACAACCCCGUGCCUCUCUGGAACGCCGGCUGCCAGAUGGUGGCUUUGAACUUUCAGACCAGCUGCUCAGAGAUGGAUUUAAACCAGGGCCGGUUCCUCACUAACGGACAGAGCGGGUACAUCCUAAAACCAGCCUACAUGAGGAACAGCGCCACGGACUUCGACCCGAUCACUCUGACCCGAGGAGACUGGCUGAAGCACAAGACGCUCCAUGUGAUGGUUAUAUCGGCUCAGCAGCUCCCGAAAGUAAACAAGAAGAAGUCCUCCAUCGUGGACCCGCUGGUGAAGGUGGAGGUGUACGGCGUGCCGGCUGACACGGCUGUGAAAGAAACCAGCACUGUAGAAAACAAUGGUUUUAACCCGGCAUGGAAUGAAAAUUUCCAGUUUGACAUCUACGUUCCAGAGCUUGCCUUGGUGCGCUUCCUCGUGGAGGACCAUGAUUCCACGUCUGAUAAUGAGUUUGUUGCGCAGUACACACUUCCACUCAACACUUUAAAGAUGGGAUACAGACACGUGCCUCUGCUCAAUAAAAAUGGCGACGUUGUCCCCGCAGCCGCACUCUUUGUACACGUCAUGGUCGUUGAUGCUGAGUGAAGACUCCACCAGCCGGCAUCUUCUGGAAUCGACAUUACACGUUCAUUUUUUUUUUUUUUUUUACUUUUAGGUACUUUCAUGCAAAUAACAAGUCUAUGACGAAACGCAUUACAUUGUCAUUUUUUUAGGUAAA